CCAGGUCCUUAUCCACCGAGUGGUCCAUUCAUGAAAUCCAUGUCUUUCCAACUGGGAGACCAGGAUGUCACGUGGGACAAUGCCAAAAGCCUUGCACAAGUCCAGGUCCCAUCAUUCUGUAAUCAUGUUGAUGAUAUUGACUGCAGAUUGGAAGAUCAGACACAGAAACAUUGCUUGGAAUAUAAUUACGAUUACGAGAAUGGAUUUGCCAUAGGACCUGCUGGCUGGGGGACAGCAAAUCAGCUGGAUUAUUCCUACGAUGAUUUUGUUCAUGCAGCACAAGAAGGAGACUUAGCCAGGCAUCUCUCUGCCUCUGUACAGGCAGCACCUGCUCGAGUCAAAAGGCAUAAGCUGAAUGUUCCAAUGACUGACCACAAAAUCAAGUUAAUAUUUAACAUCACAGCUAGCGUGCCACUGCCUGAUGAAAGGAAUGAUACAUUGGAACUGGAAAAUCAGCGACGGCUCCUUAAAACUCUGGAGACCAUUACAAACAGGCUGAAUAGGACUCUCAAUAAGGAACCCAUGUAUUCUUUUCAGUUUGCAUCUGAACUCAUUGUAGCUGACAGCAACUCAUUGGAGACUGAGAAGGCCUUUCUUUUCUGCAGGCCUGGCUCUGUGCUGAGGGGGAGAAUGUGUGUUAACUGCCCUUUGGGUACCUAUUACUCCCUGGAGCAUCAUACCUGUGAAAGCUGCUGGACUGGAUCCUACCAAGAUGAGGAAGGGCAGCUGGAAUGCAAAAGUUGUCCAUCUGGUAGCUAUACUGAGUAUCUACACUCUAGGAGCAUCUCUGAAUGCAAAGCUCAGUGCAAGCAGGGAACAUAUUCACCUAAUGGUCUCGAGACCUGUGAAACAUGUCCUCUUGGCACAUAUCAACCAGCAUUUGGAUCCAGGAAUUGCAUCUCUUGCCCAGAAAACACAUCAACAGUAAAAAGAGGUGCAGUGGAUGUCUCAGCUUGUGGAGUACCGUGUCUUGCAGGCGAGUUCUCUCGAACAGGUUUGACACCCUGCUACCCUUGUCCCAGAGACUACUAUCAGCCAGACCCAGGAAAAUCCUAUUGCUUGUCUUGUCCAUUUUAUGGAACAACAACUGUCAUUGGUGCCAGAUCCAUCACAGAUUGUUCAAGUUUUGGCUCUACUUUUUCAGCGGCUGAGGAAAGUGUAAUGAUGGUACCAGCCUCUCCAGAAAAUAUUAUCAAACAGUACAAAGCCAGCAGUCAGGUCUUUCAUGAAUGUUUCCUGGAGCCAUGCCACAACAAUGGGACAUGCAAACAAUUGGGAAGUGGGUAUAUUUGCAUAUGCCCACUUGGAUAUACAGGCUUGAAAUGUGAAACAGAAGUUGAUGAGUGUAAAUCAUCUCCGUGUCACAACAGUGGAAUGUGUGAAGAUGGCAUUGGGACCUUCAUCUGCCAUUGUCAACCAGGCUAUUCAGGUCUCCUGUGUGAGGAAGAUGUAAAUGAAUGUAGCUCCAGUCCAUGUUUGAACGGAGCCCACUGUGUUGAUGGCAAGAACAGUUACCACUGCACUUGUGCAAAAGGAUUCACAGGUGCUCACUGUGAAAUGGAAGUGAAUGAAUGCCUUUCAAACCCGUGUCUUAAUAGGGCUGUUUGUGAAGAUCGAGUUGGCAGUUUCUCCUGCAAGUGCCUCCCAGGUUUUACUGGUGUUUUUUGUGAAAGAAACAUUGAUGAGUGUCUCAGCAGACCCUGCAGAAAUGGAGCUACUUGCAGAGAUGAUAUCAACAGCUUCAGGUGUCUGUGUGUGACAGGGUAUACUGGACUAAACUGUGAAGUGAACAUCAAUGAGUGUGAUUCCAGCCCCUGCUUAAACCAAGCCACCUGUGUGGAUGCCUUGAACUCGUACGUUUGUAAAUGUCCCCCUGGCUUUACAGGCAGCAGGUGUGAAACAGAACAGUCCUCUGGUUUCAAUCUUGAUUUUGAAGUCUCCGGUAUCUAUGGAUAUGUCAUGCUUGAUGGUGUUUUCCCAUCUCUUGGUGACAUCACCUGUACCUUCUGGAUGAAAUCCACUGACACCACAAACUAUGGGACUCCCAUUUCUUAUGCAGUGGAGAAUGGAAGUGAUAAUGCAUUUCUUCUGACUGAUUACAAUGGCUGGGUUCUUUAUGUAAAUGGAAAAGAGAGGAUUACAGACUGUCCUUCAGUGAAUGAUGGUAACUGGCAUCAUAUUGCAGUCACGUGGACAUGCACGGAUGGGGCGUGGAAAGUGUACAUUGAUGGAAAAUUGUCUGAUGGAGGCAGCGGGCUCUCGGUUGGCUCAAAAAUCCCUGGUGGUGGUGCACUCGUAUUGGGUCAAGAGCAAGAUCAGAAAGGAGAAGGUUUCAACCCAGCUGAAUCUUUUGUGGGUUCCAUCAGUCAGCUCAACAUUUGGGACCAUGUCCUGUCUCCGCAGCAGGUAAAAUCUCUGGCUACAUCCUGUCCUGAAGAACUCCAAAAAGGCAAUGUACUGGCCUGGCCAGAUUUCCUGCCAGGAGUUGUUGGAAGAGUGAAGAUAGAUUACAAGAGUAUAUUUUGUGCCGACUGUCCGUCUUUGCAAGGAUCCAUACCACACCUGCGGGCCUCUUCUUCUGAUUUAAAGCCAGGGUCAAAAGUGAGCCUCUCCUGUGACCCUGGCUUCCAGAUAGUGGGAAACUCUGUUCAACACUGCCUUAACCUGGGACAGUGGACACGGCCUUUCCCCCGUUGUGAAAGAAUCAGCUGUGGAGUGCCUCCACCUUUGGAAAAUGGAUAUUAUUCAGCUGAAGACUUUUUUGCUGGUAGUACCGUUACCUAUCACUGCAACAAUGGCUACUAUUUGUUGGGCGACUCCAGGAUGUUGUGCCUGGACAAUGGGAGCUGGAACAGCAUUUCACCAUCUUGCCUUGAUGUUGAUGAAUGUGCAGUUGGAUCAGACUGCGAUGAGCAUGCAUCUUGUCUCAACACAAAUGGAUCCUAUGUUUGCACUUGCAUCCCUCCCUACACAGGAGAUGGUAAAAAAUGUGCAGAACCGGUGAAGUGUCGUAAUCCUGGAAAUCCAGAGCAUGGCCAUUUACAUGGGGACAUUCACAGUGUUGGCAGCGAAGUAACGUUUUCCUGUGAAGACGGAUUUAAGCUGACAGGAAAAACUAAACUUACAUGUAUGGAGUCUGGAGAAUGGAGCCACCCAGUACCAUACUGUGAAGCUAUAUCCUGUGGUGGUCCAGUUAUUCCAGAGAACAGUGCCAUUUGGGGCUCAAAUUUUACAUACCACAGCAAGGUGGUGUACAGGUGCAAUGACGGAUACAACUUAGUGGGUGAGAAGGAAAUUCUAUGCCUUGCUAGUGGUGUUUGGAAUCAUCCUCCCCCAUCUUGUGAAAUGGUGACUUGUCCUAGCCCACAGAAUAUCAGCAACGGAAAAUACACACUCACUGGCACAACCUACCUUUCCUCUGUAUCAUACACCUGUGACAAUGGAUACAGCCUUCAGGGACCUUCUGUACUUGUCUGUACAUCUUCAGGGAACUGGAACAGUACUCCUCCAGCUUGCAACAUCAUCUCUUGUGGAUCCCCUCCUGCCAUCAAAGACGCAGUCAUCAAUGGAAAUAACUUUACUUUUGGAAACACGGUCUCUUACAUGUGUAAGGAAGGUUACACAUUAGUUGGCCCUGCAACCAUAGAGUGCUUAGCCAGCGGCAAGUGGAGUGUGAGCCACCAGCAGUGCCUGGCAGUAUCCUGUGAUGAACCACCCCAUGUAGAGAAUGCAUCACCAGAGAGUGGCCACCGCCUCUUUGGUGAUGUGGCUUAUUACUUCUGCUCAGAUGGCUACAGCCUGGCUGAUAACUCUCAGCUGCUUUGCAAUGCAGAAGGGAAGUGGGUGCCUCCAGAGGGCAGGGAGAUGCCCCACUGCAUAGCUGAUUUUUGUGAAAAACCAUCCACUGUCUCAUAUAGCAUCCUGGAGUCCAUUAGUAAAGCCAGGUUUGCGGCUGGCUCCAUUGUGAGCUUCAAGUGCAUGGAAGGCUUUGUGUUGAACACUUCAGCCAAGAUCGAGUGCCUUCGAGGGGGCCAGUGGAAUCCUUCUCCUUUGAGCAUCCAGUGUAUCCCCGUUCGCUGCGGAGAACCUCCCCACAUUAGCAAUGGUUAUGCUAGUGGGGCCAACUACAGCUUUGGAGCAGUGGUGGCUUACAGCUGCAACAAGGGCUUCUACAUCAAGGGAGAGAAGAAGCGGACCUGUGAGGCCACUGGCAACUGGAGUGGCAGUCUGCCCACUUGCCACCCAGUGUCCUGUGGAGAACCACCACAGCUUGAGAAUGGCUUUAUUAAGGGAACAACUGGACGCUUCUUUGAGAAUCAGGCAAAUUAUCAGUGUGAGUCUGGCUACCAGAUGGUUGGGAGCUCAGUGUUUAUCUGCCAAGCCAAUCGACAAUGGUACAGUGAAUCACCUCCUUCCUGUGUUCCCCUCAGCUGUGGAAAACCACCACCCAUCCAGCAUGGCUACUCCAAGGGAGAAAUGUUUGACAUGGGCUCCAAAGUUGAAUUCUUCUGUGAUGAAGGCUAUGAGCUGAUUGGAGACAUUUCUUGGACAUGUCAAAAGUCUGGGAAAUGGAAUAAAAAACAAAGCCCCAAGUGUGUGCCAACAAAAUGUCCAGAACCACCCUUGGCAGAAAACCAGCUUGUCUUGAGGGAAAUGGCUUACCAAGUCGGUGUUGUACAGUUUUCCUGCAAAGAAGGUUAUGUUUUGCAUGGCUCCUCUGUACUGAAAUGCUUGCCUUCCCAACAGUGGAAUGAUUCCUUCCCCUUCUGCAAAGUUGUGCAGUGUCCUGCACCUCCGUACAUCCCCUUUGGUGACCCCUUGACUUCAUCCCUUCAUUUUGGCAGUACUGUGAAAUAUAUCUGUGUGGAUGGAUUUUUACUGAAGGGUGAGUCUACCAUCAGAUGCCAGGCUGAUGGCUUAUGGAGCUUGCCUUUACCAGAAUGUAUUCCAGUGGAGUGCCCCCAACCAGAAGAAAUUCAGAAUGGCAUUGUUGAUGUGCAGGGCCUCACCUUCCUUAGCACAGCGCUCUAUACAUGUAAACCAGGCUUUGAACUGGUAGGGAAUACAACUAUCCUUUGUGGAGAAGAUGGCCAGUGGCUUGGAGGAAGGCCGGCUUGCAAACCUAUUCAAUGCCCAAGGCCUAAGAAGAUCCUCAAUGGCAAAUACUCAUUCACAAACUUUCAUUAUGGGCAGACUGUUAGGUAUUCCUGUGACAGAGGUUUCCAGCUCCAAGGGGAGGAAACACUGAGAUGCCUAGAGACAGGAGAGUGGAGUACAGAGGUUCCCUCCUGCAAAGCUAUAAAUUGCCCACCCCCUCAGCCCAUCGAGAAUGGCUUUGUGGAGGGUGCAGAUUAUAGCUAUGGAGCCAUGGUAAUUUACAGCUGUGUACCAGGCUUCCAGCUGUCCGGCCUUGCCAUGCAGACCUGUGAAGAAUCGGGCUGGUCUAGCUCCACGCCAACCUGCCUCCCCACGGACUGUGGCCUGCCUCCUCACAUUGACUUUGGGGAGUACAUGCAGGUGAGACAGGGGGAAAAACGUUCUGACCAGGAGAGUGUUACAGAGAAUCCCUCAGUUUCACAUACGCUACUGGCUGACAGUUUGAAAGACUUGAAAAGUUCCCUGAGAGAGGACAAUGCAAUGCAGCUCACCACUUUCCUAUUUGGAACUAUCAUUUUAUACACAUGUUACUCUGGCUAUGAGCUGCUUGGAAACCCUGUUCUAGCUUGCCAGGAAGAUGGGGCUUGGAAUGGCACUGCCCCCACCUGCAUUUCGAUAGAGUGCACCUUGCUGUCACCCCCAGAGAACGGCUUUAUACAUUUCACUGAGAACACACUCGGUAGCAUGGUGCAGUACACCUGUAAGCCAGGGUUCACACUUAUUGGCUCCAGCACACGACUGUGUUUGCCAAGUCGGCAGUGGAGUAACACUGCUCCAUACUGCGAAGCAAUAACGUGCAGCUCGCCUACCCAGCUUAUGAAUGGGAACAUAAGAGCGGAAAACUACACAUAUGGAAGUGUUGUCUACUAUGAGUGUGAUCCUGGAUACCAGUUAAAUGGCCCCACACAGAGGAGAUGCCAAGAGAACCAGAAAUGGGAUGGCAGUGAACCAAUUUGCAUUCCUGUUUCCUGCAGCCCACCACCAGUUUUGGAGAAUGGUCAGGUGGCUGGAGAGGAGUACACAUUCCAGAAACGUACAGAGUACAGCUGCAAUGAAGGCUUCCUGUUAGAUGGGAACAGGAGUAGAGUCUGCCUUGCAAAUGGAAGCUGGAGUGGAAUCGCUCCAGUUUGCAAAGCCGUGACCUGCCCUGUGCCACUGCCUCUUCCCAAUGGGACAACUAGUGGCUCAGAUUUUGGCUUUAAGAAGGAAGUACACUAUCACUGCAACGAAGGGUAUAGCCUGCAAGGAGUGUCUACACUUACCUGUCAGAGUGAUGGUACCUGGGAUUCAGAAGCUCCACACUGUGAGCCAGUCGUUUGUGGACCUCCUGAAGACAUCUCCCAUGGCUUUCUGAAUGGCUCAGGCUUUACCUAUGGAGAGUUUUCCCAGUACGUGUGUUUCCCUGGGUAUGAGCUGCAUGGCAAUCCUUUACGGCAAUGUUUGUCCAAUGGCUCCUGGAGUGGAAGCCUUCCAUCUUGCCUACCCUGUCUGUGUCCUAGACCACAGAUUCAGAAUGGAGUUGUUCUUGGUACAGAUUUCAGCUGUGGAAACAGUGCCCAGUUUCAGUGCCUGGAGGGCUUCAAGCUGCUUGGGCCUUCUGAAGUCACCUGUGAGGCAGCUGGCAAGUGGAGUUCUGGGUUUCCUCGCUGUGGGCAGAUUUCCUGUGGCUCUCCACCCAUCAUCCCUAACACAUUUAUCAAUGGGAGCAGUUCUGCAGAUGAGAACACCAUCAUCUAUACCUGCUUGACAGGUUAUGUCAUGCGGGGGAGUCCGGAACUGACGUGUGUGGAGACUGGUUUCUGGAAGAAGCCAUAUCCAAGUUGUGAGCUGUUAAGCUGUGGCCCACCACCUUCUGUCCCAAAUGCAGAGGUUCUUGGGAACACUUACACGUAUGGUAGCAAGGUCCAGUACAGAUGCCUGGAGGGCUACACAAUGGUGACAGAGGUGGAUGUAUGCAUUUGCCAGGAAGACGGACACUGGUCUCCUCAAGGCAUUUCCUGUUGCCCCAGAAAGUGUCCCCUCCCAGGAAAUAUCACCAAUGUAAUCGUACUUGGGGACAACUUCACUGUGAACACAAACAUAACUUUAUCGUGUGUAAAAGGCUACACUUUGGUGGGCGCAAGCAUGUCUACAUGCAAGGAGAGUGGCAUUUGGAUACCAACAUUUUCUGAUGACAUCUGCGUUCCUGUGUCCUGUGGGACCCCAGAGUCUCCAGAAGAUGGAUUUGUGGUUGGCACUAAAUACAAUUACAAAGACGUGGUUCUUUAUAAAUGUGGUUCUGGCUAUGAACUACAAGGUGAUGCAGAACGGACUUGCCAAGAAAACAAGCUUUGGAGUGGCACAAUGCCGGUGUGCAGAAAGACCAGAUGCAAAGUUCCAGUUUCUUUGCUGAAUGGGAAGGCGAUUUAUGAAAACAAUACAGUUGGCAGUACAAUAGCGUAUUUCUGCGAGAGGGGGUACAGCUUGGAAGGGGAACCUGCAGCAGAGUGCACAAGAGAUGGAAGAUGGAGUAAUCCCUUGCCUCUCUGUAAACCAAACCCUUGUCCUGUGCCUUUCAUAAUCCCAGAGAAUGCCCUUCUGUCUGAGGUGGAUUUUUAUGUCGGUCAGAAUGUAUCCAUCAGGUGCAGGGAAGGCUACCAGCUGAAAGGGCAGUCUGUGAUCACCUGUAAUGCUGAUGAGACAUGGACUCCAGCAACAGCUAAGUGUGAAAAGAUAUCUUGCGGCCCUCCAGCUCACACAGAAAAUGCUCUGAUUCGUGGUAGCUUCUACCAGUAUGGAGACAUGAUCACCUAUUCAUGCUACAGUGGGUACAUGCUGGAAGGACCCCUACGAAGCAUUUGCUUAGAAAAUGGAACUUGGACAACACCACCUACCUGCAAAGCUGUCUGUCGGUUCCCAUGUCAGAAUGGUGGCAUCUGUGAGCGGCCAAAUGCCUGCUCGUGUCCAGAUGGCUGGAUGGGUCGUCUCUGUGAGGAACCAAUAUGCAUCCUGCCGUGUCUCAAUGGAGGUCGUUGUGUGGCCCCUUACCAAUGUGACUGCCCCCCUGGAUGGACUGGAUCACGCUGCCAUAUAGCUGUUUGCCAGUUGCCUUGCUUAAAUGGUGGGAAGUGCAUACGACCAAAUCGGUGCUAUUGUCCCUUGUCAUGGACUGGACAUGACUGCUCGAGGAAACGAAAGGCUGGAUUCUAUCCUUUUUAA